AUUUCUCAUUACUUUUAUUUUCACUGACUAAGGAAUAUCAAGAAAGAAAAGAUAAUGAUCACCAAUGCUCCUAUUAUUGCAAAUCAAACACAACCGGUGCAAACAGAUUUCCAAAUGUCACGAAUAAGAGCACUCCGGAUCCUUGGUGGAGCACAGAUAAGUCUAGGUGUUAUAUGUGUUAUCCUUGGUGUUGUUGGAGUUAUUCUUAGUAACACAGAAAAAGACAAACGUUGUCAAAGUAAUAACAGCGGCUAUGACAUGUAUGAUUAUGUGUAUUAUUCUUACUAUCGUUGCAGUGAUGCAACCGGUAUCGUUAUACUGUAUUCGAUUUGCAUGGCUUGUUCAGGAUGGUUUAUACUGACAGGUUGUUUGCCGUUAUGUAUGACAGAAAAACGCCAAUCAAGCUGGAAAUGUUUAACCGUAGCUUUUCUGGUUUGUAAUAUACUAUCAACGGUUCUGUUUUCUUCUACUGUGUUUAUUUUAGCAAUUAUCGGGGCGCUUAUUGUAUCUGUAAGUAUUAUCAACGAAAUUUAG